AUGCCCCAACGUACCUUGAAAUCGUCGCUGCUGCGUUUGCGGAACCUGAUGACGUCAUUCCAAGGAAUCUACACGUACAUGCAGAACUACGACGACCAGCGGGACGCGCGUGAGCUGGCAUCGCGGUUGGAAAGGUUAGAUUCGCUGUGGGAGAAGAUCGAUGAGGCAAUGGCGGAGGUUGAGGAACAGUCGGAGGAGGAGGAGGAAGAGAGGUAUGUGAAAGAGCGUUUGGAUUUCCAGAAUAAAUUUUUUGAGCUGAAAGGUUUUCUCCAAUCCAAAAUGCGGGAAUAUCCCGUAUCGAGUGCAUCCCUGCCGGUUAACGAGUCUACUUUCGCCGCAACUUCCCAUCCGCACGUUAAAUUGCCUUUGAUCAGUCUGCCUAAGUUUUCCGGAAACAUCGAAGAGUGGUUGUCAUUUCGAGAUCUGUAUUUGUCCCUUAUUCAUCACUCUGAGGAUCUACCUGUGAUUGAAAAGUAUCAUUAUCUCCGGAGUCAACUAGAAGGAGAAGCCCUCUCGGUUAUAUCGUCACUUGCGUUAACCCAAGCGAAUUACACGGUAGCGUGGGAUUUGUUGGUCAAAAGGUAUUCGAACAGCAAAGCCCUUAAGCGAAAACAAGUUCAAAAUCUUUUCGAGCUUCCUUUCAUCAAACGAGAAUCAGCAUUCGAGCUUCAAGCAUUGGUCGAAGGUUUUGAGAAGGCAACGAAGGUAUUAGAUCAAGUGGUCCAGAUUGCUGACUAUAAGGAUUUGUUGCUGAUUCAUCUGUUGUGCUCGAGGUUUGACGAAAAAACGCGACGUAGCUGGGAGGAGCACACUUCAACGAAGGAAGAAGAAACUCUGAAGGACUUGGUUGAGUUUUUGCAUCGCCGUAUUCAAAUAUUGGAUUCACUCCCCGGGAAACCCUCCGAACAACAUCCACCUCCUAUUCGAAAGGCCAUCCAAUCCAAGGUUACUAAUCAUGGUGCUUUUCAUACUCCACCCCCCAAUUGCGUUUGUUGUUCUGAGAAUCACCCACUUUUUACUUGUUCAUCUUUCGAAAAACUUUCGGUUGGGGAAAGAGAAUCGGUGCUACGCCAACACAAUCUCUGCCGAAAUUGUUUUCGAAAAGGGCAUCAAGCUCGAGACUGCAAGUCCAAAUUCUCGUGUCGUCGAUGCAAAGGCCGUCAUCAUACCCUCGUGUGCUAUAAGGCGGGAGAGAACUCUAAGAGCACACCAUCCGACGGAAAUACAUCUAAACGAAAUGGUAACCCUAAUCCCCAGGCAGGUACUUCGAAUGCUACAAUCAGCUCCAAUAUCGGGAGGUCAGCGAGAAAGGUUCUUUUGGCUACGGCAGUUGUUCUACUGGAGGACGACUAUGGAAAUUCGGUUUCAGCUAGGGCACUUUUAGAUUCGGGAUCUGAGUGCAACAUAAUAUCCUCACAUUUCUCGCAACUACUUCGCUUCAAAAGGAACAGAGCUGAUGUGCAGAUCAGCGGAAUAGGUCAAUUCCCUACUACUACCAAGGAAAAGGUUCGUGCUAUGGUUCGCUCGAAAAACUCUAAUUACACCCAAAUGAUGGAUUUUUAUGUAUUACCGAAAGUAACCGAGGAUUUACCCACAUCUUCUUUCUCCGAGACGGUUUGGAAUCUGCCGAAAGGAAUCACACUAGCCGAUCCAGGGUUUUUCAGAACAAAUCCAAUUGAUGUUUUACUCGGUGGAGAGUUUUUCUUCAAUUUCUUUCCCUCUAAGCAACGCCUGCCGUUGGGAAAUGGUCUCCCAAGUUUAAUUGAUUCGGUAUUCGGGUGGCUAGUGACAGGAAGCGUAGCAAACAGCAAAGAAGAACCAAUUUUAUGCAAGCAUUUGGCGGUUUUGGAUUCGUUGGAGAAUCUUAUGGCGAAGUUUUGGGAAUGUGAAAACGGCAGUCGCACCGAAAACUAUUCUGUGGAAGAAACACAAUGCGAAAAACUUUAUUUGGAAUCGGUAAAACGUGGGGAGGAUGGUCGUUAUAUGGUAGCCCUACCGAAGUGCAAAAAUGCGUUGAACAAAUUGGGGGAGUCCAAAACUUCAGCAAUGCGUCGGUUUUUGAACCUUGAGAAACGACUCUCCUCUGAUGAAAAUUUGAAAAACGAAUACCAUGCAUUCACGACCGAGUACUUGAAUUGCGGUCAUAUGGGGAAGGCAGAUAAUCUUUCGGAUAGCACAAUUGCUUUUUAUUUACCACACCACCCGGUUAUAAAAUCCUCAAGCACCACUACUCGCGUGCGAGUUGUUUUUGAUGCCUCCAGUAGAUCAUCCUCAGGAACAUCCUUGAACGACAUACUUUUGAAUGGCCCUGUAGUUCAGGACGAUUUGCGAACUCUUAUUAUGCGCAGUAGAUUUUUCCCGAUUGUCCUCAUUGCCGACGUGGAAAAAAUGUUCCGGCAAAUCUGGAUCGACCCAAUAGACUACCCGUUACAGCGCAUAUUUUGGCGAUUUUCUUCAGAAGCUCCCAUUGAAACUUAUGAACUCCGUACAGUAACAUAUAGUACAAAAUCAGCUCCCUAUUUGGCUACGCGAACUUUGAAACAGCUUUCAGACGACGAAGAUCAAAAAUUUCCGCUUGCUGCUUGUAGACUUAGCAGAGAUGUAUAUAUGGAUGACUUAAUCACCGGAAUCAACAGCACAACUGAAGCGAAGAAAAUUCGCUUGGAGCUGGAUGAAUUGGCACUUAGUGGAGGUUUUAAAUUACGAAAAUGGGCAUCCAACCUCCCAGAAGUACUGGAAGGAGUCAUUGCUGAAAAUUUGGCGAUUCCUUUGGACGAUGGCAUUGAUUUUGAACGUGAUCGAACGGUCAAAACACUUGGCUUAGUGUGGGAGCCAAAAUCUGAUGAGCUGCGGUUCAAUUUCGAAAUUUCCCCAAUCAUUCCCGAAGAGCUUACCAAACGGAAAAUAUUAUCCAACAUCGCUAAAAUUUUCGAUCCGUUAGGAUUACUAGGACCAGUGGUGACGAGCGCCAAAAUAUUUAUGCAGCUGAUUUGGGAGCAGAAAAAUAAAGAUGGUAACCCUAUUGGAUGGGACGAACUCCUACCCCAACCCUUAACAGACUGGUGGACAGAAUUUUAUUCCCUUCUUCCAAAUUUAAAAGACCUCCGCAUUCCCCGCUUCGUUGGUUUAGCUUCUGCGAAUCAGAAACAGCUCCACUGUUUCUCGGAUGCCUCCGAAAAGGCAUAUGGUGCCUGCAUGUAUUUAGUUUCCAAGGACCCCACAGGAAAAACACAAGUAUCUCUCGUUUCAUCCAAAUCAAGAGUUUCCCCCUUGAAACGACAAACUAUUCCCCGAUUGGAGCUCUGUGGAGCUUUGUUAGCAGCAGAACUGUACGUGAAGGUUUUGGAAUCUAUGGAAGCCCCCCUUGAAACAUAUUUUUGGACAGAUUCUAGAACCGUUCUACAGUGGUUGGCACAAACCCCUAGCACUUGGACCACAUUCGUGGCCAAUCGUGUUUCUUCUAUCCAGAAUUUCACCCAAAAUUGCACUUGGAAACAUGUGCCAGGUAUAAUGAAUCCCGCCGAUCAAUUAUCCCGAGGGCUCAACGCAGAGCAAAUUGUCACCGAUCAAACAUGGUGGACUGGCCCACCAUGGUUAGCACAGGACUCCGAACAUUGGCCAAAUUCAAUCAAUCAACCCUGUGAAGAAAAUGUCCACGAAGAAGAACGAAGGAAGGUGGUAGGUGUUCUAGCUGAAAACGAAGACACAUUCAACGAUUGGUAUUUUGGUCACUUUAAAUGCUACUUUAAACUUCUUCGUGUUACCGUUCUAUGUCGCCGUUACCUUUACAAUUUGGGCAAACCUGCUGAAGAGAGGAUAAAAACAACUAGGAUUAAACUUUGCGAACUCAUCGAUGCCGAAAAACAACUCGUUCGUUUAGUACAAAAGGAAGUUUUCUCAUCUGAACUGAAAGACUUAAGGAAAUCUGGUUUCGUUCAUCGAUCAUCGAGGCUGCGCUGGCUGGUUCCAAUGGUUCGCGAAGAUGGUAUACUAUGCAUCGGUGGACGGCUCGAACACUCAGAUUUGUUCACAGAAAGCAAACACCCCAUGAUAAUUCCUGGAAAUCAUCAAUUCUCAAACCUUCUGGCUGAAAUUUACCACAUCCGAUUGCUACACGCUGGCCCACAGUUGAUGCUAAGCUCUAUGCGUCUAAAAUUCUGGCCGUUGAGCGGAAGAGACCUUUGCAGACGAAUAACACACCAAUGCUUAACCUGUUUUCGCAUAAAACCCAAACUCCAACAACAAUUUAUGGGCCAAUUACCAUCACCACGUAUCCAAGCAUCCAGAGCAUUCACCCACACAGGAGUGGAUUAUUUUGGUCCCGUCUACAUACGACAAGGCUAUAGAAAGGCACCGAUCAAGGCAUACGUUGCUGUUUUUGUGUGCUUUAGCACGAAAGCGGUACACCUCGAGCUGGUUUCGGACUUGUCCACCGCCAAGUUCGUCCAGGCUCUCCGUCGCUUCAUAGGCAGAAGAGGAAAAUGCGCCACUCUUUAUUCCGACAACGGAACAAAUUUCGUCGGCGCACGUAAUCAACUCAAAGAACUGCUCAAAACUUUACGAAGCCGCGACCACCACGACGAAAUGCAGCAAGUAUGCAGUGAAGAAGGUAUCGAUUGGCAGCUGAACCCUCCCUCCGCUCCUCACUUCGGUGGCUUAUGGGAAGCCGCUGUCCGCUCCGCCAAAAAACAUCUGCUACGUGUUCUGGGAAAUUCUUCUGCCUCCCACGAAGAUUUCGAAACUCUCCUUGUUCAAGUCGAAGCCUGCCUUAAUUCUCGACCUUUGACGCAACUUUCCGAUGAUCCCAAGGACUUCCAACCGCUCACGCCAGCUCACUUCCUCAUCGGUUCCUCCAUCCAUGCGCUCCCCGAGAAAGACCUCAGCUCAACACCCGAAAACCGACUGAAGCAGUACCAACUGAUGCAGCAACAGCUCCAACGUUUCUGGCGAAGAUGGCACAUCGAGUACCUGACUCAGCUCCAACCUCGAGUCAAAAACUGGCAGCCUCCGAUUAAGAUCGAGCCCGGCCGGCUUGUCAUCAUCGUCGAUGAAAACCAACCGCCGAUGAAGUGGAAGAUGGCCCGUAUUCACCAAGUACACCCUGGCAAUGACGGUGCAACCCGAGUUGUCACCUUACGAACGUCCAAUGGUUAUAUGACUCGCCCUUGGCUAGACUACGCUGCCACGAGCUUCUGGGCCUGCCUCUUCUUCGAUGCUCAUCUGGAUUACACGUGUGCCCAAUCCAUCUCCACAUACGUUCCCGAAUUUCGGUUUUUACACAUAUACACAUAUGUUUACCGAAUUCAACACCCGUACAACAAUACGGAUUUGACGUUUAAGUCGAAGAUUCGAAUUUAUCGUUUGUAG